AUGGGCAUUAGAGCUUCAGAGUUGCUGCUGCUCUGUGUGGGUCUGUCUCUACAUCACGCUGCUGCUGAUCUCGGAGAGCAACUGGACGCUGACCGGCGCGGUCUGGGCUCUGUGUACGGGCGCGCGCUGGCGCUGCUGGAGGAGCGGGACUGGGCGGGCAGCGUGCGCCUCCUGGAGCUGAGCGUGCGUCUCCAUCGGCUGCUCAUGGACAGCGUGGCCUUCUGCGCGCAGAGCUGUCGUGCGGGACGGAGCGACGCGCCACACCCUCCGGGGGGGACCCCUGAUGACCUGCACGUGUACUGGACCGUGCUGCAGCGCGCGUCCUGUGUAAAGAAAUGCCGCGCUCGAUUCCCCGAGCUCCAGUUCAGCUGGCCCGGAAAAGAAAUCCUCCGAGACUUCGAGAGGCGCGUUCCUUACAAAUACCUGCACGUGGCGUAUGAACAGCUGAAUGACAACCAGAGAGCAGCGUCAGCAGCACACACUUUCCUGCAGCGUAACCCUGGAGAUGUCGUCAUGGCAGCCACUCUGAGUCGCUAUAGAUACACUGAGGGUCUAGAGGACCUGGAGGAGAAACCAUACGAGGCUGUUCCUGUUUAA